CGUCCAAUGCCUGAGCGCGCUGAGGGAGCGUGGGGGCGGCGCCUCCGUUGCAAUGACACCAUUCAAUAUGGAGAAGCAAAUGUAGCCUGGUACUAAAACUUAGCCCGAUGCUUACCAUUCCUCGUUGAUUUCGAGUAAAUUUUAUGUCCAUUAGAAGUUACACGAAUAUCCGAACAUCUAUCUUCAAGACACGGUCAUAUGCUUUUGAAAUAUUUGUUGAUAAUGUACGUUGUGAAUGAGUGUUACCAAAUCCGUGAUGACAUUGAACUGAGAAACUACUGCAAGACUUGCAAACUGUCCACCCUACUACUAGUAGUAGAUAUUUAAACUUCGAAGAGCUGAUUUGACGUGGAUCUGAUAUCGCCGACGGUGUCUUUGUGACCCACGUUUUCAAGUUAGUGAAAAAGUGACGUUGAUCAAGUUCGUUUUGUGCCUAGAAUGCGUAAUGUGGCUAGUGCCUCAGUCUCUCUGGGUACUCUGGGUCUGCUGCGUCUCUUCGGAGUGUCCUGGUCAUGGAGUUUAGCAGCAGGCAUCGGGGUCUACCUCGGCACAAAAAGUUGGAAAUACUUCUACAUUGCCGCCCGCACUGCCAAACGGGAUAUGAAGGGCCUUUACGUGCUCUUGCGGGUGAAGAUGGCCCUGUGGCGGCACAUGCGUAACGGAAGCAACAUCCCCAGCAUCUUCGCCGAGACGGUUAACCUCUACCCAGACAAGCCUGCCCUAAUCUACGAGGCCACGGGUGAAACGUGGACCUUUACCCAACUGGACCAGAUUUCCAACUCCGUGGCCCAUUGGGCUCAAGGUCAGGGAUGGGUAUCCGGGGACGUGGUGGCCAUCUUCAUGGAGAGCAGGCCGCUACAGGUGGCCCUCUGGCUGGGCCUGGCCAAGGUGGGGGUGGAGGCGGCGCUCAUCAACUUCAACCUCCGCCGCGACGCCCUGCUGCACUGUGUGGGGGUGUCGGCGGCGAGGGGGAUCGUGUUCGGCGCUGAGCUCACUGACGCCAUGCUGGAGGUGAGCUCCUCUCUCGGCCAGUCCAUGACGCGCUUCUCCACCGGAGAGCUCGGCGCCGAACAUCUGGCCUCGCUGGGUGCCCAGGCCCUGGACCCCAUCCUGGCCUCGGCCUCCCGCCGCCCGCCUCCCCCCAGCCCGUCCCCUAAGGGCUUCAAUGAUCAACUGUUUUACAUUUAUACUUCCGGGACCACAGGGCUGCCCAAAGCUGCCAUCAUCGUACACAGUCGGUAUUACAGGAUUGCCGCGUUUGGAUAUUACGCUUUCGACAUACGUCCUGAUGACGUAAUUUAUGACUGCCUGCCCCUCUACCACUCGGCCGGUAACAUCAUGGGCGUCGGGCAGAGUCUGAUCAAUGGUGUGACUGUGGUCGUGAAGAGGAAGUUUUCUGCCAGCAAUUUCUGGGAUGACUGCAUCAAGUACAACUGCACUGUGGUGCAGUACAUCGGGGAGAUCUGCCGCUACCUGCUGUCCCAGCCCAUGCGGCCGUCGGAGAGCGGGCACCGUGUGCGCCUGGCCAUCGGCAACGGCCUGCGCCCCAACGUCUGGGAGGCCUUCACGGAGCGCUUUGGCGUGGCCAAGAUCGGCGAGUUCUACGGCGCCACGGAGUGCAACUGUAGCAUCGCCAACAUGGACGGCAAGGUGGGGGCGUGUGGGUUCAACAGCCGCAUCCUGCCCAACAUCUACCCCAUACGCCUGGUGAAGGUGGACGAGUUCACCAUGGAACUGGUCCGCAGCAGCCAGGGACUGUGUGUGCCAUGUCGCCCCGGGGAGCCCGGGCUGCUGGUGGGCCGCAUCAACCAGCAGGACCCGCUGCGCCGCUUCGACGGCUACGCCAGCCUGGACGCCACGCGCAAGAAGAUCGCCCAGAACGUGUUCAAGAAAAACGACACCGCCUAUUUAUCAGGCGACGUGCUGGUGAUGGACGAGCUGGGCUACAUGUACUUCCGGGACCGCAGCGGGGACACGUUCCGCUGGCGCGGGGAGAACGUGUCCACCACGGAGGUGGAGGGCACGCUGAGCGGCCUCCUGGACCAGACGGACGUGGCCGUCUACGGGGUGUCUGUGCCAGGUGUGGAGGGUAAGGCAGGCAUGGCCGCCAUCGCAGACAUUGCCGGCAGUUUCAACUGUAAGACCUUCCUGAAGGAAGUUCAGCAGGCCCUGCCUCCAUAUGCCCGCCCGGUGUUUCUGCGAAUCUCGCCACAAGUGGAUACCACAGGUACUUUCAAGAUCCAGAAAACCAGGCUGCAGAAGGAAGGCUUCGACCCUCGCCUGACCACGGACCAGAUCUACUUUUUAAACUCCAGAGCGGGCCAUUAUCAACGCGUGGACGAGGAGCUGUACGGAGCGUUGUUGGAUGGGAGAAUGUCUCUAUGAGAUCCCGGAGCACUUCAGGGCCAACAGGCAGUCACAAUGUGCCGUCUUGUACUAGAAGUAGAAGGAGAGGAGAUGCAGGCUUGUCCUGCAUAUGCCUCCCAUGUCUUAUAUAGACCGCCAUCUGGGUAUUAAACGUUACUUUUUUAUCAGGGAUCAUUUACCAGGAACCCAGGAUGAAACGGCUACUUCAGCUAUAGGCAGCAACGCAACGUGUUUGUUAUGUGUUUUUUAACACUGAAUUAAAACCAUUGUCUGAA